AUGCUGGCAUUUUGGGACUUUGCAGACUACAACCCUGAUAUUGUCAACAAAGUGACAGAUUUAACAACAAACGAGGACACCUUUUUCAACACACAGCUGCUGGAGUCUUUUGAGAAACUCUUCAGAUCAAAACAGGCAAAAGUAAAGGCACUGAUCAUUUUCUCAGAUGGACUUGAUCACUCAGUGGACAUCCUGAAAAGUGAAUCAGAGAGGCUAAGGAAUAGUGGAAUAGAUACACUGUUGGUAGUGGCUUUGGAGGGAACCCAAAAUGCCCAUGAGCUUCAAAUGGUUGAGUUUGGGCUAGCAGGUCCUGGUGAUGUCAACAGGUACAAGCGGCACUUUUCUAUUGGGAUGGAUAACAUAGCCAAUGCUAUAAAGACAAACCUAGUUUCAGUGGUUCUGAGGAAGUGUUGCAAUGUAAGUUGCAUUUGUGUUGGACCACCAGGGCCACCGGGACCGCCAGGAUAUUAUGGAACGAAGGGGGAGAAAGGACUUCCAGGACAUCCUGGUUUCCCUGGAGAUGAAGGAAGCAGUGGAGGCCGAGGACCUCCAGGACUGAAUGGAACCAAAGGAGACCAGGGAUGCCAAGGGAGGAGGGGUUUUAAGGUACAGAUGUUGGAUGCUUUUCUACAGUCAUAUGUCCAUCUGGGCUGA